AGCGCCGGCAGCCGAGCAGACCAAGCCCGGCAGCUGGUCAUUGACCUGGAGACUCGAGGGAAACGGGCUUUUCCCAUCUUCAUCUCGAUCCUGCGGGAAACCGGGCAGGGAGACCUGGCGGACAUGCUGCUAGAGGAGUGCGAAUGCCCGCCAGUGCCACCGCAGCUCGGAGACCUGAGGCCCGUCGAGCUGGACUUGCCGGGAGCAAAGCAUAAUAAAAAUGGGAACCUCCCUGAACGUUUGUCCAUCCCAGUCCAAGCUGAGAGCGAAAAACCUCCAACGCCUCCCGCACCAGCCCGGGGUUUGGCUGUUGGCAGGAGGGACCGCGAUCUGGUUUACGAGCUGACAGCAGACCCGUGCGGACACUGCCUGAUCCUCAACAAUGUCAACUUCGGCAGAGACUCAGAUCUGUCGACUCGAGCCGGCUCUGACGUGGACUGCGAGAAGCUGGAGAAGCGCUUCAGGGCCUUGCGCUUCCAUGUCCUGACCCGACGGGAUCUGAAAGCUCAGGAAAUGGUUACAGAGCUGCAGACGCUGGCGCGGCGGGACCACAGUGCCUUGGACUGCUGUGUUGUGGCCAUCCUUUCCCACGGGUGUCAGACGAGCCAUAUUCAGUUUCCUGGAGGCAUUUAUGGAACGGAUGGAAAACCCAUUCCAAUAGAAAAGAUUGUCAACUAUUUCAACGGGUCCAAUUGCCCGAGUUUGAGAGGAAAACCCAAACUCUUCUUCAUCCAGGCCUGUAUUGGAGAGCAAAGAGAUCGAGGCUUUGUGGUGGAUUGUGAUUCACCCGGAGACGAAACUCCUGGAGGCUCUUUGGAAUCAGAUGCGACUCCUUUCCAGACUCCGUUGGGUCGCGUGGACGAGCCGGAUGCCAUAGCCAGUUUGCCUACACCCAGCGACAUCUUGGUGUCCUACUCAACUUUUCCAGGUUUUGUCUCCUGGAGGGAGGCAUCGAGCGGCUCGUGGUAUGUGGAAGCGCUGGACAGCGUGCUGGAGCGAUACGCCCCUUCGGAAGACCUGCUCAACAUGUUACUGCGGGUGGCAAACGCCGUCUCUGCCAAGGGGACGUACAAACAGAUCCCGGGCUGCUUCAACUUCCUCCGUAAGAAAUUCUUCUUCACGUGCACGUGA